AGUGAUUAUUUCCCCGUGAAAUCGCGUCGAGGUCCGCACAAAAUUCGCGAAACUCGCCCCAAACUGGCCGCGAUAUGUAGUGAAAGUGGCGUUCCCGUGUAGCGCCGGUGCCCAGCUCGCGAUUGCGGAUAUUUGUGACGCGCGGGCGGUUCGAUCGAGGCCGGAAAAGUGAAUUUUAGGACGGGCCCAGCUCGGGAGUGAAAAAAUCCGAAAAUCAACAAUGGCGGCCAGCAGCAGCAACUUCUUGGUUUUGUUCUUCUUGGUGGCGGCAACGACGACGACGACGAAUUCGGCGUUUGUGGUGCUCUUCCAAGGGGGCCCUUGGCGGCUAGCUGGCCUCGGUGGCAGAAGCAGUGUGGCCGUUGGCGGUGGCGGAACCACUUCCGGCGCUUGAGAUAAGCGGGUUUUGUGUGUGAGUGUGGAAAACGGACCAGUCAGCUUCCGGCCGCGGAAGUUGCGUGAAGAGAAAAAAAACUUGAAAGUGAAACUAAUUUUAAGCGAAAAAAGUUGUGUUUUAUUUACAUUUCGUGUGUGGGUUCUGUUUUGUUACGCAAAAAGUGAGGGAGGGAAAAGUUUGAAAAACUUUGAAGCAAAGGAGAAAACAAAUCGCGUAUGGAUCCGGAACAAAUCAUACUGGAUGAAGAUUUUGACGACGGGUCCACCGACGGAGGUUACGGCGAGUACGAUUAUUUGCAGCAGGACAAGGACGCACUUCCGGUGACGCCGUUAGAUGCGAUUCUAGACCCUAGCACAACCCCCAACUCCUGCCGGCAGUCUUCACCGAUCGAAGAACUGCCGCUGGAGCUGUCACCACUGCAGCAGGUCACCCCACGGCAGACAGUCGCACCAACGGUACGACCCGUGACCAUCCUCCCGCUGGUGGUGGGACAGCAUCGGUUUGGCAUCGGCAGCGGAAAACCUUCGGCCGCGGCACUCCGACGUGGCCCGGGCAGACCCAAGAAGGACUUUCUACCGUCGGUGCUGCUGAAGAUGGCGUCGACCAACCCGAGUUCAUCACCAAGUGCCGCCGCGGGUGGCCCCGCCGGACCGACGCUCAAGUUCAGCGGCGGUGUCCUCACCGGCAGUGGCCAGACCGUGGUCUCGGACGCGAAACUCAUGAAAAGGUAACUGCGCGAGUGCGUUUCGUCCGUUC